CUAAAGGACAGUGAAAGACCCCUUCCCCUUGUUUUGACCCCCUGUCAUAAUAUGCUUAGCAAUAGUAACGCCAUUUGCAAGACAGCACCAAGAAGUUCAGGGGUCUUAUCCUAAGUCCACCGUUUAGCUGCCAAACAGGAUAUCUGUGGUCAGCCACCCGGCCCUAAGAUAGCCACCUGGCCCUAAGAUGGGAAUGGAAAGUACUGACUCCACCCGAUAGACCCUAGAGAUGAGCCUAGUCAGCCACCCAUGUUUUUCCCCCUCAUUCUGGGAAAUCGCCCUCAGAAAAGAAAAGAAAAAAAAAAAAAAAAAAAACAGCCUCAUUUAACUGGACCAAUAAGACCCCGUAACUAUGCUUCUCGCUUCUGUAACCGCGCUUCUGCCACUCCAACCCUAUAAAAAGUCUCCCCAGCCCAACAAGAGGCGCGCAAGUCUUUGCUGAGACUUGACCGCCCCGGGUACCCGUGUACGAAUAAACCUCUUGCUGUUUGCAUCUGACUCGUGGUCUCGGUGUUCCGUGGGCACGGGGUCUCAUCGCCGAGGAAGACCUAGUUCGGGGGUCUUUCACUUGGGGGCUCGUCCGGGAUAGAGACCCCCAACCCCCGGGACCACCGACCCACCAUCAGGAGGUAAGCUGGCCGGCGACCAUAUCUGUUGUCCUUGUAUGAGUGUCUCUGUCAUUUGAUCUGAUUUUGGCGGUGGAGCCGAAGGAGCUGACGAGCUCGAACUUCGCCCCCGCAACCCUGGAAGACGUUCCACGGGUGUCUGAUGUCUGGAGCCUCUAGUGGGACAGCCAUUGGGGCUAGAUUGUUUGGGAUCUCAUCCGUAUUAGGUGAAUACAGGGUGUUGAUCGGAGACGAGGGAGCCGGACCCUCAAGGUCUCCUUCUGAGGUUUCAUUUUCGGUUUGGUAUCGAAGCCGCGCGGCACGUCUUGUCAUUCUUUGUCUUGUUGCGUCUUUCCUUGUCCCCUGUCUAACCUUUUUAAUUGCAGAAGCCGUCAUGGGCCAAACUGUAACUACCCCCUUGAGCCUCACCCUCAACCACUGGUCUGAGGUCCAGGCACGGGCCCGUAAUCAGGGUGUCGAAGUCCGGAAAAAGAAAUGGAUUACACUGUGUGAAGCCGAAUGGGUAAUGAUGAAUGUAGGUUGGCCCCGAGAAGGAACUUUCACCAUUGACAAUAUUUCACAGGUCGAGGAGAGAAUCUUCGCCCCGGGGCCAUAUGGACACCCAGAUCAAAUCCCUUAUAUUACCACGUGGAGAUCCCUAGCCACAGACCCCCCUCCAUGGGUUCGCCCAUUCCUGCCCCCUCCUAAGCAUCCCAGGACAGAUCCUCCCGAGCCUCUUUCGCCGCAACCCUCAGCCCCCCCCAUCUCCUCCCUCUACCCCGUUCUCCCCAAACCAGACCCCCCCAAGGCGCCUGUAUUACCACCCAAUCCUUCUUCCCCUUUAAUUGAUCUCUUAACAGAAGAGCCACCUCCCUAUCCUGGGGGUCACGGGCCAACACCGCCGUCAGGCCCUAGAACCCCAACUGCCUCCCCGAUUGCCAGCCGGCUGCGAGAACGACGAGAAAAUCCAGCUGAGAAAUCUCAAGCCCUCCCCUUAAGGGAAGGCCCAAACAACAGACCCCAGUACUGGCCAUUCUCGGCCUCUGACCUGUACAAUUGGAAAUUGCAUAACCCCCCUUUCUCCCAGGACCCAGUGGCCCUAACUAACCUAAUUGAGUCCAUUUUAGUGACACAUCAGCCAACCUGGGACGACUGCCAACAGCUCUUACAGGCUCUCCUGACGGCAGAGGAGAGACAAAGGGUCCUCCUUGAAGCCCGAAAGCAAGUUCCAGGCGAGGACGGACGGCCAACCCAGCUGCCCAAUGUCGUUGACGAGGCUUUCCCCUUGACCCGUCCCAACUGGGAUUUUGCUACGCCGGCAGGUAGGGAGCACCUACGCCUUUAUCGCCAGUUGCUGUUAGCGGGUCUCCGCGGGGCUGCAAGACGCCCCACUAAUUUGGCACAGGUAAAGCAAGUUGUACAAGGGAAAGAGGAAACGCCAGCCUCAUUCUUAGAAAGAUUAAAAGAGGCUUACAGAAUGUAUACUCCCUAUGACCCUGAGGACCCAGGGCAGGCUGCUAGUGUUAUCCUGUCCUUUAUCUACCAGUCUAGCCCGGACAUAAGAAAUAAGUUACAAAGGCUAGAAGGCCUACAGGGGUUCACACUGUCUGAUUUGCUAAAAGAGGCAGAAAAGAUAUACAACAAAAGGGAGACCCCAGAGGAAAGGGAAGAAAGAUUAUGGCAGCGGCAGGAAGAAAGAGAUAAAAAGCGCCAUAAGGAGAUGACUAAAGUUCUGGCCACAGUAGUUGCUCAGAAUAGAGAUAAGGAUAGAGAGGAAAGUAAACUGGGAGAUCAAAGGAAAAUACCUCUGGGAAAAGACCAGUGUGCCUAUUGCAAGGAAAAGGGACAUUGGGUUCGCGAUUGCCCGAAACGACCCCGGAAGAAACCCGCAGACUCCACUCUCCUCAACCUAGAAGGUUAGGAGAGUCAGGGCCAGGACCCCCCCCCUGAGCCCAGGAUAACCCUAAAAGUAGGGGGGCAACCAGUGACCUUUCUGGUGGAUACGGGAGCCCAGCACUCGGUACUGACUCGACCAGAUGGACCUCUCAGUGACCGCUCAGCCCUGGUGCAAGGAGCCACAGGAAGCAAAAACUACCGAUGGACCACCGACAGGAGGGUGCAACUGGCAACCGACACCUUCUCUGGCUGGGCCGAAGCUUACCCCGCCAAACAUGAAACAGCAAAAGUUGUUGCCAAGAAACUCUUAGAAGAGAUUUUUCCUCGUUACGGGAUCCCUCAGGUAUUGGGUUCAGAUAAUGGACCCGCCUUUAUCUCCCAGGUAAGUCAGUCUGUGGCCACCCUACUGGGGAUUAAUUGGAAAUUACAUUGUGCAUACCGACCCCAAAGUUCAGGUCAGGUAGAAAGAAUGAAUAGAUCAAUUAAGGAGACUUUAACUAAAUUAACGCUAGAAACUGGCUCUAAGGAUUGGGUGCUCCUCCUGCCCCUGGUUUUAUACCGGGUACGUAACACGCCAGGUCCCCACGGGUUAACUCCUUUUGAAAUCCUGUACGGGGCACCCCCACCUAUGGCUCACUUCUUUGAUGCUGACAUCUCUGGUUUCGCUACCUCCCCCACCAUGCAGGCACAUUUACGCGCCCUGCAGCUGGUCCAAGAAGAGAUCCAGAGACCUCUAGCGGCAGCCUACCGAGAAAAGCUCGAAACCCCGGUUGUGCCUCACCCCUUCAAACCAGGAGACUCCGUCUGGGUUCGGAGACAUCAAACCAAGAACCUCGAGCCACGGUGGAAGGGACCACAUAUCGUCCUCCUGACCACCCCCACGGCCUUAAAAGUAGACGGAGUUGCUGCUUGGAUCCACGCCUCACAUGUAAAGGCUGCAGGGCCAACCACCAAUCAGGACCCCUCAGACGACCCCAGCUCAGACGAUCCAUCGAGAUGGAAGGUCCAACGCACCCAAAACCCUCUAAAGAUAAGACUUUCUCGUGGGACCUAAUGAUUCUGGUGGGGGUCUUAUUAAGACUAGACGUGGGAAUGGCCAAUCCUAGUCCGCACCAAGUGUAUAAUGUAACUUGGACAAUAACCAACCUUGUAACUGGAACAAAGGCUAAUGCCACCUCCAUGUUGGGAACCCUGACAGACGCCUUCCCUACCAUGUAUUUUGACUUAUGUGAUAUAAUAGGAAAUACAUGGAACCCUUCAGAUCAGGAACCAUUCCCAGGGUAUGGAUGUGAUCAGCCUAUGAGGAGGUGGCAACAGAGAAACACACCCUUUUAUGUCUGUCCAGGACAUGCCAACCGGAAGCAAUGUGGGGGGCCACAGGAUGGGUUCUGCGCUGUAUGGGGUUGCGAGACCACCGGGGAAACCUAUUGGAGACCCACCUCCUCAUGGGACUACAUCACAGUAAAAAAAGGGGUUACUCAGGGAAUAUAUCAAUGUAGUGGAGGUGGUUGGUGUGGGCCCUGUUACGAUAAAGCUGUUCACUCCUCGAUAACGGGAGCUAGUGAAGGGGGCCGGUGCAACCCCUUGAUCUUGCAAUUUACCCAAAAGGGAAGACAAACAUCUUGGGAUGGACCUAAGUCAUGGGGGCUACGACUAUACCGUUCAGGAUAUGACCCUAUAGCCCUGUUCUCGGUAUCCCGGCAAGUAAUGACCAUUACGCCGCCUCAGGCCAUGGGACCAAAUCUAGUCCUGCCUGAUCAAAAACCCCCAUCCAGGCAAUCUCAAAUAGAGUCCCGAGUAACACCUCACCAUUCCCAAGGCAACGGAGGCACCCCAGGUAUAACUCUUGUUAAUGCCUCCAUUGCCCCUCUAAGUACCCCUGUCACCCCCGCAAGUCCCAAACGUAUAGGGACAGGAAAUAGGUUAAUAAAUUUAGUGCAGGGGACAUAUCUAGCUUUAAAUGUCACUAACCCCAACAAAACUAAAGACUGUUGGCUCUGUCUAGUCUCCCGACCGCCCUAUUAUGAAGGAAUUGCGGUAUUGGGCAAUUACAGCAACCAAACCAACCCCCCCCCCAUCCUGCCUAUCCGACCCACAACAUAAACUGACUAUAUCAGAAGUGUCCGGGCAAGGUUUGUGCAUAGGGACUGUUCCUAAGACCCACCAAGCUUUGUGCAAAAAGACACAAAAAGGACAUAAAGGGACUCACUAUCUAGCAGCCCCUAGCGGUACCUACUGGGCAUGCAACACCGGGCUAACCCCAUGCAUCUCCAUGGCAGUGCUCAACUGGACCUCUGAUUUUUGUGUCCUGAUCGAGUUAUGGCCCAGAGUAACUUACCAUGAGCCUGAGUAUAUCUAUUCCCACUUCGAAAAUAAGCCCCGGUUCAAGAGAGAUCCAAUCUCCUUGACAGUUGCCCUCAUGCUGGGAGGAAUCACUGUAGGGGGCAUGGCCGCCGGAAUAGGAACAGGGACUGCGGCCCUUCUCGAGACAGCCCAGUUUAGACAACUGCAAAUGGCCAUGCACAUGGACAUUCAGGCCUUAGAGGAGUCAAUUAGUGCCUUAGAAAAAUCCUUGACUUCCCUUUCUGAAGUAGUCUUACAAAACAGGCGAGGCCUAGAUAUUCUGUUCCUACAGGAGGGAGGGCUAUGUGCAGCGUUAAAAGAAGAAUGUUGUUUUUAUGCAGAUCACACCGGAUUAGUCCGAGAUAAUAUGGCUAAAUUAAGAGAAAGACUAAAACAGCGACAACAACUAUUUGACUCCCAGCAGGGAUGGUUUGAAGGGUGGUUCAACAAGUCCCCCUGGUUCACUACCUUAAUAUCCUCCAUCAUGGGCCCCUUAAUGAUCCUCCUCCUAAUUUUACUCUUCGGACCUUGCAUCCUUAACCGGUUGGUGCAGUUUGUCAAAGAUAGAAUAUCCGUCGUGCAGACUUUAGUGCUAACCCAGCAACACCAACGCCUGGGGCAAUGCGACUCAGACCAACCGUAUCACCCCAGCUAAAUGUAUGAUUCCAUUUAGGCUCCUAAGAAAAGGGGGAAAUGAAAGACCCCUUCCCCUUGUUUUGACCCCCUGUCAUAAUAUGCUUAGCAAUAGUAACGCCAUUUGCAAGACAGCACCAAGAAGUUCAGGGGUCUUAUCCUAAGUCCACCGUUUAGCUGCCAAACAGGAUAUCUGUGGUCAGCCACCCGGCCCUAAGAUAGCCACCUGGCCCUAAGAUGGGAAUGGAAAGUACUGACUCCACCCGAUAGACCCUAGAGAUGAGCCUAGUCAGCCACCCAUGUUUUUCCCCCUCAUUCUGGGAAAUCGCCCUCAGAAAAGAAAAGAAAAAAAAAAAAAAAAAAAACCAGCCUCAUUUAACUGGACCAAUAAGACCCCGUAACUAUGCUUCUCGCUUCUGUAACCGCGCUUCUGCCACUCCAACCCUAUAAAAAGUCUCCCCAGCCCAACAAGAGGCGCGCAAGUCUUUGCUGAGACUUGACCGCCCCGGGUACCCGUGUACGAAUAAACCUCUUGCUGUUUGCAUCUGA